AAUAUUAACAAUUAUAAAGUUAACUAUUAUUAUUAGUUAAUCGUAAAAUGUUGAAGUAUGCUGAUGACUUGUAAAUGUCUGUCAUCAGUUAUUUCUACAAAGUGUAAUUCCACCAUUACCAGUAGGUGUCAGUGUGUAAGAAACGCUCUCUUCUCUCCGCCCGCUCGCCGCAAGCACCACAGAAGAAGAAGAUGUCCGAGCGCACCUGACAGGCGUGUUUUUAGCUUGUUAGCAAAGCGGCUACAUCUCUAAACGCGUAUCAUCUGGCCAUCGCUUCAGAAACCACACGUUGCUUUGGCAUUUUUAAAGUGCACAGAGGUCGAGAUUUGGAAGGAAAGGAGAAAUAAAUCGCCGCAGUCAUGCAGAUUACGCUGAAGACGCUGCAGCAGCAGACCAUUCAAAUAGACAUCGACGAUGACCAGACGGUGAAGGCACUGAAAGAGAAGAUUGAGGCUGAAAAAGGCAGAGACAGUUUUCCCGUGGCAGGACAGAAGCUCAUCUACGCCGGGAAAAUCCUGCAGGAUGACACGCCCAUCAAAGAUUACAAAAUCGAUGAGAAGAACUUUGUGGUGGUGAUGGUGUCAAAGACGAAGCCUUCAUCAUCAUCAGCGCCCGCCCCAACCUCAGAUCCGCCCAAAACUAUCACUGCUUCCUCUUCUUCCUCCUCUCCUCCUCCCACUCCGGCCCCUGCUGCGAUCCCUAUCCCUGUAGACGAGAGUAAGGAUGAUCCACCUGCAUCUGUCUCACCAGCGCAGAGUCCUGAUGGUGGUAUGAGUUCUGUGGCUGACGGGGAAGAUGCUUCUUCAACAUUAGUGACGGGUCAAGAGUAUGAUGACAUGCUUUCGAAUAUCAUGUCUAUGGGAUAUGAAAGAGAGCAGGUCGUGGCCGCACUCAAGGCCAGUUAUAAUAACCCUCACCGGGCCGUCGAGUACCUGCUCAAUGGGAUUCCUAGUGUCCCUGUGCAGGAAACAAACCCUGCCCCGGCCCAGCUGCCCACUGACACCCCAACAACAGAAGGCGGUGAGAACCCUCUGGAGUUCCUGCGUUCUCAACCACAGUUCCAGAGCAUGAGGCAGGUGAUCCAGCAGAACCCAUCCCUGCUGCCAGCUCUUCUGCAACAGCUGGGACAGGAAAACCCGGAGCUACUGCAGCAAAUCAGUCAACAUCAGGAGCAGUUCAUUCAGAUGCUGAACGCGCCCGUGGCCGAAGGCGAGGUCGUGGAGGGGGCCGAGUUCGCCGAUUUGGGUGCCAUCGCUGACGAGACGGCACCCGGCAGUUACAUCCAAGUGACGCAACAGGAGAAAGAUGCUAUUGAGAGGUUAAAAGCUCUUGGGUUUUCAGAAGCUCUUGUGGUCCAGGCGUACUUUGCUUGCGAGAAGAACGAGAAUCUGGCCGCCAACUUCCUGCUCAAUCAGAAUUUCGAGGACGAAUGAGAUUCGUGGACAGCCCACCUGCCCGUUCCCGCUCCACUACACACGCACUGCAUCUACUCGGGACACCAGUUUUCCCCAUUAUUUCUUUGAGUUUAAGUUAAGGGGAGACUCGCAGACUGGGUGGGGAUGGGGCGGAUGCUUUUAAACGGAGCAAAUAUUCCAAUGGAAUCGAUGGCAGUUGGGUUGAAUGCACUCUGGCAUGUCGAAAGAGGUGACAACAUCAGCAUCAAUUGAAAGCAAACGCUUCUAGCAGUAUUACGGGAUAGGACGAGCAAGGUUAGACGUAUCUUUGUUUGUUUUAAUUGCAAAGAAUUAUUAGUAAUAUAUGUCUAUGGAGAUUUUAUAUAUUUCUCUUAAUAUCAGAGAUAUUUCUCCCCCAGAACACAAUGAUUGGAUGAUUAAAUGUAUCAGCUAAAGUGGUAACAUUAAAAUAUCAAAUGAGUUUGGUGUAAUACAAAUAAUUUGCGGCAAAACAAAUGAACUAAAUUAAUGUUGUUUCAUGAAUGGAUCCAUAUCGUAUGUAAUGUUAUAACCUUAAGUGACCGAUAUAACUGGUGUUAAUGUAUUGGGAUGAAGGAUGAUAAAUGAAUUUAAAUGCGCAAUUUGGUCGUCCCAUUUACAGUUAGCACGACAAGCUGUUUGCAACACUUUUUCGAUAACACUACGAUUGCUUUUAUCAACUGGGACCAGAAAGGAGCCGGCUGGUAGGAGGGGAGGGGCUGAAAACCAUUAUGGCAUCCAAAAUGCAGUCAUUUUAGAUCUAGGAAGAAUUUAUUUCUUUAAAACAGUGUAUUUCCCAAAAUAAGGCAGUGUAUACAGGGUUUAUUUAAUGUUGGUUUUUAGAGAAGGCAUGUCUUCAUUUGUUAUCUCUUGAUCUUCGAGGAACAUUUUUAACUUUAAAAGUCAUAAGUAUAAACAAACAACAACAAGGAAUAUUUAGGGUAAUUUUUCUCAAAUAAUUCAUAGAUGAGCUUAUUUUACUGCAUAAUGUGGGAGGACCAAUUUGUACGAUACAAAGGCACACCAGCUUGCUUGCAUUUCAGCGCUAUAAAGCAGAUAACCGUCACAGCACGGUGAUCCUUUGCGAGACAUUGUACGCAGAAUGUAAAAUCCUGAUUUUUAUGAAUCAUAUCUCUGUGUAAAGCUGAUAAAAGGUUCUUUUGUUCAUGUAUUACAAGUACAGUAAAGAUACUUUCAGCAGUCCUGGAAAUUCACUUUUUUUGUUUGUUCUGCAGGUUCAGGAUCCAGAAAGCCUCUAUUUGUUUCCCAGUUAACCCUUGUGGGUUGUUGAGGCCAUUUUUGUUUUUUAUGUCUUAAUUUGGCCACAACUUUCUCUGUGUUUCAGCAAAUGGAAUGAUUUUGGGUGAUACAUCUUAUAUUUACACACAUUUUGAAAAAAUGCUUUGAAAUUUUUCAAAAACUCAACAAUAUACCGUGGGCAAAUUUACUACCCUUUUGGGUUGUUUGUGUACAAAAAAAACACUAAAUUAAACGGCUGUAAAAAUGUAUCAUAUGAAUAUUUAUUCCAAUUUUUUUUUCAUAAAUCUGUUAAUCACCCUCAGUGCUGAUCAAAACGACCAAAUGCUUAAAAAAAUGUCCAUGAUUUUAACUCUUUCAUUGCCAAGUUCACAAGUGUUGUCACUGAUUUGAUAAAAAAACACAAAAUUACAGAUUUUUGAUAUAAAAAAUAAUUGUGUACUGGAUUUUUUUAACCUUUUUCACAAAGGGCUUGUCAAAGAUUGGUGAACACAUUGGCUUUAAUGCAUUUUUAGUUUUUGCAGCAUCAGUUUUUAUUUUUCUUCCCUAAUUAGUUUGUGGCUUUUUUUGCCCCAUUGACUUCCAUUAUAACAAAAUUUUUUGAUUGCAGAGCCAUGACACCUCAUUUUCAUGCAUUCUUGAUUGUUGGCGAUUUUUCAUUUUGCUAAGAGGUAAAAUUUGUGAUUUUUACUGUUGAUCAUCACUCUCUCUCUCUUUCUCUCUCUCUCCAUAUAACUCAAUGUACAAGCCAGAAAUUAAGCUCUGUUUUUUGCACAGGUCUACUAAAGGGUUAAUGGUGCCACAUGGUGAUCAACAGGAAAAAUGACAAGAAAUUUGACCUCUUAGCAAAAGGAAAAACCAUCAACAAUCAAAAAUGCAUGAUUAUAUGAUCUCAUGGCUUUGCAAUCAAAAAAAUUUGUUAUAAUGGAGGUCAAUGGGGCAAGAACAGUAAAUGAGGGAGGAAAAGAAUAAAAACUGAUGCUGCACAAAAACUAAAAAUGCACCAAAGCCAAUGUGAGUCCACAAUCCCUUUUUAUAUAAAAAAAUCAAUCAAUUUGUGUUUUUUUUUUUUUUUGCCCAAAUCAGUGACACCACUUAUGAACUUGGCAAUUAAAGAGUUAAAAUCAUGGAAAUGUUGUUAAUAUUUGGUAUGUUUGAUCAGCACUGAGGUUGAUUAACAGAUUUAUGAAAAAAAUUUACUGAUUAAUUUUUACAGCCAUUUAAUUCGGUGGCCUUUUUUGUACACAAACAACCCAAAAGGGUGAAUUGGAACAACCCACAAAGGUUAAAUGCUCAUUGCAAAAAAUGUACACCUACUGUAUUAGCAGGCCCGCACAGGUUUUAGCAGACUUUUGGGAAACUUUAUGGUUCACUUUGUUAAAAUCAGCUAUCAAGUUAUACAAAAGAAACAGACAGAAAACCUUGUUAAUGAUUUGAUUUUAUACA